CUGGGUGGCAAGUUACACUCUGAAAUUAUGUAUUUGGCACGUUGCAAAGUAAAUCCCUAAAAGUGCCACUUGUCUGGAAAGUCAGUCAAGUCUUGACAGGUAUUUUAAACAACAAUUCAAUUACAACCGACAUUUCCGCUGAAAGUUUCAUGAAAGCUAAACAUUGGAGUUUAAAAAUUUGGUCUUCUGUGGUGUUUACUUUCCCGAGCGAAUCCCCACAGCCAGCACAGCCGGAGCAAGAGGUGAGGGGCUGGAGCAUCGGGGCGAUGGUUUGGGGCAAAAUCAGAGAACAUUUACAGUGUGCGGGAAGAGGCAAGAAGGAAUGUUUUCGGGGAGGGGCGAGUGGGAGUGCGGGCGAGAGAGGGAGACCUGCACUCUGAGUCGUCCUGUCCGUAAUCCCCGUCACCAAACACUCACUCGGUUAUCAGAAACAUUUCAGAGCCCUUGAGAUUAAUGGCUGGUGCCAUGUAAACAGAGCCUUAUAUUGGGAAGACAGAGUUACCGGCAGGCCAGUGCACAGCAGGAGAAGACCAAGGCGGGCCCCUGUCCCUUGCAAGUCCCGGCGAUCCCCGGACAAAGAAAGUCCCAGGAUGGGCAACAGUCUGAAAGCCGUAGUUGCUUUUGUGCCCUCCAAGGAGUGCCAGAAGUACCUCCUGGAAGACCUAGAAGAGAUGCCAGUGGAUAAAAUGGUGGAUCUGAGCGGCAGGCAGCUGAGGCGGCUACCUCUGCACAUUUGCUCUUUUCGGGAACUGGUCAAGCUGUACCUGAGCGACAACAACCUGAACCAUCUGCCCCCCGAGCUGGAGCAGCUGCAAAACCUGCAGAUCCUGGCGCUGGACUUCAACAACUUCAAAGCGCUGCCCCUGGUCGUGUGCACGCUGAAGCAGCUCUGCAUCCUCUACCUGGGCAACAACAAGCUCUGCAGCCUGCCCCUCGAGCUCCGGCUCCUGCAGAACCUCAAGACCCUCUGGAUCGAGUCCAACUGCCUGCAGCGCCUGCCCGAGGUGGUAUGCGAGCUCAGCCUGCUCAAGACCCUGCACGCCGGCUCCAACGCGCUGCGCACGCUCCCUGCCCAGCUGCAGUGCCUGCGGGAGCUGCGCACCAUCUGGCUGUCGGGCAACCUGCUGUCCGAGUUCCCCCCCGUCCUGCUGGACAUGCCUUUUCUGGAGGUGAUCGACGUGGAUCGUAACUCCAUCCGGUUCUUUCCCAGCCUGGCUCACCUCCCCGGCCUGAAGCUGGUGAUCUACGACCACAACCCCUGCAGGAACGCACCCAAAGUGGCCAAAGGGGUGCGCAGGGUGGGGAGAUGGUCAGAGGAGACCCCCGAACCCCGCAAGCGGUCCGGGGCAGUGAUAGAAAUCACGCUCGAUGAGAAACCGUCGCCACCUCCUGCCGCCAAGCCCGAGCCAGAAGCCGAGCCCUGCUGAUGCUCAGCUGCCCGCUCCGGCAAAGGCAGCGGCACACUCGCCCCACCGCCCAACCUCUACCUCUCCCUUCCUUGCUGGUGUCCAGGGAGCACCACAUCGCCUGGCUGGUCUUCAGGAGUAGGUGCACCAGCUUAGAGCUAGGAGAUGGCAAAAUUCUUGUGUACAGACACCCCCUUUUGCACAGCAGCCAACACUCUCUCUAGAGGAAAGACUUCUUCCCUUUCCCUCUCCUCCCAUGCGAGGACGACUCACAGUUCACAGUAGAGAUGAAGACACAGUUAAGGCGUUUUCCGUGGGUGGAUUGUACAGAGCACGUACGGACUCGCUGCUCUUCACCCAUGGUCUCUCCCUUCUCCCUUCCACCUUGCUGAGGUGUCCGAGCUCAGCUGGAAGCCGCUGUUCAAGGUGAUCGCUGCUGAGAGUCACAGCUCUAAAGUAACCCACAGCAUUUGUCUCAAAUGACUUCUCCGAAACGCAGCAACAGCAUGAAGGUUCCCCUGCCUGCUGCGUGGGAAGCAGUAGCAGAGCCCCGGCUGCGCUAUCAAGGAAACAGUGCGUACAUACCAAGGAGCUCUCCUCUUACCGCUGCUGCCUUCCUCCUGGACAAUUUGCGACCACUCUUGUUUUGUUAUUGUCAAGCAGCAUUUUAAAUGAUGGUGAGGAAGGCUAGAGGCUUUGCUGCUAGUUUUGAUGUUAGCGACAACGAUGCCUGUAAGGGCAGCUGUACACACCGAGUUUUCAUGCAGUAGCAAACAAGAAAAUCAAAGCCUGUCUAAAAGGGAAAAACCACGAGCUGCAAAGGUAAACCUGCAUGAAUAAAACCCAGGGCUGGGAGCCUGCUGCUACAGGCUUGCACAGAAUUUGAAGCCGAGGCAAACUUUACUCAGUUGACUUCAGCUGGGUAUUUCUCCAGCUUGCAACUCGGACCGGUUCAGAUCCCCUUCAAAAUGCACUGAACUAAGUAUGUUUUGCUUUAUAACUGUGUAACACAGAAAUCUGGCUCAAAAUGACACUUUUAGCUUUUGAUUCCAUAGCACGGAUCGUUGAGUUUGGUAAAAGACAGCUUUUUUUAAAAAGGGUGGGGAGCCCUUGGUGGUGCAGAACAGCCACUUCCCUCUCUGCCUCACUUGUCAAGUGGAACUGUCUCACCAGCGCAGCCUGCAGAAGCGGCAGUUGACUUCCCAGAAAAGGUUUGAUUCAAUGCCAGUUCGUGACUGCUUAAUGUCAUUUACAUGCUUGAAAAAUUAUCUGGAAAUACAUAGACUCUGCUAGCACUUGCUGUCUUGUUAAAUGAAGUCUGAAUUUGGAUCUGGCUGGCACCCAUGUAGUGUCCUUACUAGUCAUUAAAUAAAGUAUACUAGCAUCUUGCUGAGUUAAAUCAUCCUGCUUUGGAAUUAACUGAAUUCUCUUUCCAAAUUCUUUGUCAAACCUUGUUGCAACAAACUAUUUCUUCCUACAGAAGAAAAUUAUUCAGCAGGACAAGAGUUCAGGGCUUUUUUUAACAUCCAAGUUCAAUGUUUUAUUUCCUAUGGAACUGACCUGGUACUUUAUUUACUUGAGGGGGUGGGGAAGAAGGUGCUUUCACCUGCUUGCCAAUGGUUUGGAUUUAACACAGCACUCUUUACACAGCAUUGUCACUUUUGGAGAUCUGAAGAGUCUGCUUUGAGAGUUUGGAGGAGCGCUCUGUAAGCAGAUUCUCUUCAUUUCAGGAAACCUAAGGGAGAAAAACGUUUGCACAGAUACUUUCUUGAUUUCACAUUAAUCUUCCUGCUUUGGCAGACUUCCCCCGGUGUUUGCCAAGGUGCUGCAUUAUACUUGCAAGGGCCCAAAGGGUCACAACACCCAGCUGGCACCUCUCUUCAGGCUCCCACACAGACAGUGCCUCCACUUGUCUCUGCUUACAGUCAUCAAGAAUCUGCGUGAAGACUGCUGCAGGCAUCACAGACUUCCUUACGACCUGAGCAUAAAGAA